AUGGAGGACGACAAAUUGGCGGCGUACUACGACGAGUUAACUCAGAAAGGCGGUGGCGCCGCCAGAUUCAAACAAGGUCUUGGAUUCUCUUCCAAUACUCCUGCCAACAACACUGUUACACCCAGAGGCUCCGCUCUUCCUACCUCCUCAUCUUUUCUCAGCAGUCUCGUCAAAGCCUCCCAUAGUCAAUGGCGGUACAGACAUGAUCCAAUUGUGUAUUAUGCAAUGCUUCAAGUUCUUAGUAAGACUAAGUUAUGUCAGGGGGCUAAGAGGGUGCUCCAGCUUAUGGUAAAGAGGAAGAUUGAGUGUAGGCCUGAAGAUUUUGGUUGUGCGAUGAUUUCUUUCAGUAGGGCUGGGGAUAUUAGAAAAGCUAUGCAGAUAUUAACUCUAAUGCAAAAAGCGGGAGUAGAACUUGAUCUGUCCAUAUGCAAUACUACAAUUUAUGCUCUGGUGAAAGGCCAUAAUUUGGAGAAGGCAUUGAAGUUCUUGGAAAGAAUACAAGUUUUUGUUAGUUACUUGGAGUUGUAG